ACUAUAAAGAGCAUUUAAUUUAGGUGUGUAAUUUGAAACCUUCAAAAACCAGUGCGUGGAACCCACCAAAUGGUAAACAUCUCAAAUCCAUAGCAAAAAAGGCCACGUGGCAGAAGGAAAACGCACUGAUUCAAGUGAAAAAAUGGAUUUUACAUAGUGGAUAACAAUUCACGGUUUCACAGGGGAGGAGGGGUCAAGGUUCCUCAGGCUCAGGUCUGCUCAGCUCAGAGGCCUUAAAAUCUUAGCGGUGUCUCUUUCUACCAGUUUUAUUGCUCUCUUCUUCUCUCCAUUACUGACACAUUUUACACUUUUAAUCUGGUUGAUCCUUUUACUGCAUUUUUUGGACAUUUCUUACGCUUCCAAAAUCUCCGUAUCUGCAAAUGUCACGAUUUCUUGGCUCAUUUUGAGUGUUUUUUGGCUUUUUCUUUGAACCCUAAUUUCAUAUGUUGGACAUUGCUUCUUCUCCUCUGUACCUCUAUCUAAUAGUGAAAGUUCCAGGAAUAAGUCCAUAAAAAAGUUCAAUGCUUGGAGUUGAAGAAUGGGGUUAUUUGAAUAUUGAGUGACUGGUGAGAUUGCUUGAAAUGGUUUAAAGUUUGUGCCUUUUGUUCAUCUCAAGACUACCCAUUUGAUCUAAGUUGUUUUUGGAUAUCCGCUUUCUGGCUUUAGGCAGACGGGAUUUGGAAGAUUUUCUGUUUGUAAGAAAAAAAAAAGGAACGAGCUUUUAGUGUCCUGCAUUUGAAGGAUCUCAGAUGAGAUAAUGGAGGGGGAGAGAAAGCGUUCAAAGGGAAUCUUUUUUCACUUCUUUGAUUGGAAUGGGAAGUCACGAAAGAAGCUGUUCGUGAAUAAUUCUGAAUUAUCUGGUACAGAAGGAUCAAAGCAAGGAAAAGAAAAUGUUGAAAAUAUAGAGAAAGCACAGCUUCAUGCAAUAGAGGCGGAUGAUAGAAGAGCAAAUUCAAGCAACAAGGGGAGUACUGACUUUAGUUGCACUUCAUCAGUAACUAGUGAUGAAGGAUAUGGAACUAGAGCACCAGGGGUGGUUGCUAGACUUAUGGGCUUGGAGUCUUUGCCAACAUCAAAUGCUGCUGAGCCCUCUUCCACCCCUUUUUGUGAUUCUGCUUCACUUAGAGCAUCUCAAUAUGAUAGUAGUACCCCUAAUUUAUGGAGUGAGUAUAAUCCCAUGGACUACCUUAACAAUUCCAAGGAUUCUUGGAAUUCUUUGGAAUCAAGGUCACUAAAGGUGCAGAACCGGCCAAUUGAGAGAUUUCAAACUGAAAUAUUGCCGCCAAAAUCAGCUAAAUCAAUUCCUAUCACCCAUCAUAAGCUGUUAUCUCCAAUCAAGACUCCUGGAUUCAUCCCAACAAUGAAUGUGGCCUACAUAAUGGAGGCAGCUGAAAAGAUAAUUGAGGCAAGUCCUAAGGCAAGUAUAAAUGGUAAAGUGCCAUCGAUUGGGACAUCUUCACUUCCAUUAAGAAUUCAGGGUUUGAAACAGAAAAUGGAAGCAGCUCAUAGAGCAUCUAGGCCUCAAAGACCAAAUGAAUUGUUCUCUGCCGAGAAUACAAAAGGACAGCACAGUGGCAGUAGUCAGAGAGGGUCAGAAGGCAAGCCAUCAUGCAGUACUUCAAUGUUUUCUGAAAAAGGUGCUUCUGGCAGUUUAAAGAAUAAGGGAAAACCAGUUUCACUUUCAGUAAAAGCAAAGUCCAAUGUUCAGAGAAGAGAGGGAUCAACUUCAAGAAAUAACAACAUUAAGCAGAAGGAGCAGAAGGAGAUUCGGUCUAACCAGUCACUUAAAAGCCUGCCCAGUACACAAAAGACCAAGAGAACUUCUGAAGAAAGGACUAGCAAUGUGUUCAGGCAGAAUAACCAGAAGCAAAAUUGUGUAUCUGGUAAAGAGAGUUCAACUUCGAAGAAUUCAUUUUCUAAACAGCCAGGCAGAAAAGCUCAGUCCAUGAGUGGUUCUGUUGGGGUUAGUAGGACAGUAAAGAAAGUUGUUUUAAAGCCUGAAACUGUGUCCAGAAAGGUGCGUUCAGUGGUCACAACUUCUGAAAAGGACAAACCAAAUAAUAUAUCUCAGACGAAACAGUCUGUAAAUGGCGAUUUCCAAAUUGACAGAAGUGUUUCUGAUAAUGUGUCAUGUAAUCGAGAUGAGAGGUCUAUAAAAUGUAAUGUUGCAGUAGAUGGAAGCAUGCACACAGCUGUAGAUAACAGGAAAAAUGGCAUGGAGGUUAUUUCAUUUACAUUCACAUCCCCUGUGAGGAGAACCACCUCUAAUACCCAACCCUCAAUGAUGGAAGGAACUAACAGCUCUGCCAUUGAUUCUUUGGGUAGUAAUGAUUGUCCUUACUUCCAAAAUUCCACAUCUUCUUUUCUAGGGUUCAGUAGUGGUGAUGCUUUGGGUGUUCUUUUGGAACAAAAGCUGCGGGAAUUAACAAAUAAAGUUGAAUCAUCUCAUUGUAACAUAAUCAGAGACGAGACUUCUGCUAGUUCUACAUCAAGUUUGCAGAAUUUCAUGUCCACAUUUAACGUGGUUAGCACCAUACCUGCUGUACAUGACAAGAGGAUUCAAUUUGUAGAAAAAGACAAGUCAGACCACCCAGAUAACUUUGAUUGCUUUUCUGUGGAGUGUCCAAAGCUUACCAAGAACCAAAUGUGGCAGGAAUCUGAAGAAAUUGAAGAGCACAGCUGUAGCAGCAAUUGCAGCUUCACUGAAAUAGACCUUGAAUGUCGACAUCCUAGUCCAGUUUCAAUUCUUGAACCUACUUUUGAGAGUGGAAGUUGCUCAAAUACCAAUGUUCAAUCUGAUGAGGCGCUCAAUGAUUUCUCUGCAAAUGAAUCUUUUGAAGUGGAAGGGGAGAGAGAAUUAUCAGAUUCAGCCUCCUCAAUAUCUACAGUAGACAUGAGAAGGAAGCUCACUAAAACAUUCACGUCAGCAGAAUUUAAGGGAUCAAGUGACUGGGAACUAGAUUACGUGAGGGAUGUACUUAACAAUGCAGAAAUAAUGUUGAAAGAUUUCACAUUGGGUCAUACGCCAAAUGUCAUAACUCCGCAUCUUUUCCAUCUGCUGGAAAAUCAAGAGAAUGGAAUAAAAAGAAAUGAAGAAGAGUACUCCAAGCUUGGGCGAAAGGUUUUGUUUGAUUGUGUUAGUGAACGGUUGGAGCUCAUGUGCAGAAAAGCUUUAGUCGGGAGCUGCAAAUCAUGGGCUAGAAUGUGGACGUUAUUUCAAAUGAGGGGUUGGUUGGCAGAGGAAUUGUAUAAGGAUAUCUCAGGUUGGAAAAGCAUGGGAGACUUGAUGGUGGAUGAGCUUGUGGACAAGGACAUGAGCACUCAGUAUGGGAGAUGGCUUGACUUUAACAUAGAAGCAUUUGAAGAAGGUGUCGAGAUUGAGAAGGGGAUUCUAACUUCUUUGGUUGAUGAACUGGUUUCUGAUUUAUUUAUCAUGUAAAGCCCUUUAAGAAAGGCUUCUUUUCCAUUUAAUUUCUAGUGUAUCAAUGGAAGCUGGUUGACCUUUGUAUUCUUCUGUUUUGUGUAGGAUUAUAUAUAUAUAUAUAUCAUCCAUUCAUGUCCA